AUGACGUCUAAGAGAAGUAUUAUCGUUACUGGGGGAGCCUCUGGGAUUGGACUGGGUAUAACCCGGCACUUCAUCACAGACCCUGACAAUCACGUUACAAUUCUGGAUGUGAACCCAACAACGGGUGCGCAGACACUGGAUCAAUUCCGGACCGAAUUUCCAUCAGCUAGCGUCUCCUUUGAACAAUGUGAUGUCUCAUCUUGGGAAAGCCAAGCCGAGGUCUUCGAGAGAGUAUACGUACAGCAGAGCCGUAUCGACAUUGUUUUCGCCAAUGCGGGUAUCACGGAGAAAAGGAAGUCUUUUGCCUGGAAAAGGAGACACCAGUGGACCGACAAAGCCGAAUUUAGCAACCGUGAAUCCGUGCAACUUGCCAUUCACUACAUGGCUAAGAAUGAAUUCGUCGGUUCCUCCAAGGGUUCGAUUGUGUGCACUGCCUCGAACGCAGGGCUAUAUCCAUUCCCUAUGGCCCCGAUCUACUCAGCUACAAAGCACGGUGUUAUCGGGCUUGUACGGUCUCUCGCUCGUCCAUUGGAGGCCGAGAACAUUCGCAUCAAUGCGCUGGCUCCGGCUGUCAUCGCUACGAACAUUGCACCCAGUGCAGAUCUGUUCAAAUCGAUGGUCCUCACGCCCAUGUCAACUGCAACGAAAGCUGUAGCACAGCUCGUGGAUGACGAGACACUCACUGGAAGAGUUGCAGAAUUGCAUGGAGAGCAUGUUACACUGGCAGAGGCACCAGCUUAUGUUGAUGAGGAUACUGGGAGAAACAUCGAGACUUUCUGGGAACUGGGAUACGCGUAA